CCACCAGCUAUAUGUUCCAUCGAUAGUCUCUGUUUCCAACUUCACAAGUCGCAGUUUUAGACAAAUCACCGUGAAAUUCUCUAGAAACAAACUCAACCCCAGCCGUCCGAUCACCUCCCCGCAACCUAUUCUUCUGCUUCUCCCACAAACAAACCCAUUAAACCAAACCGAAUCUCGCAGCUUCAGGAGUUUGUUCUACCUCUGCUUUCCUCUCCUCGUCUCUGUUUCUGUUGCAUUUUCGUCCGACCUCAGUUGGCCGCACGCUGAGAUUUUCCGGCCAAAUUCUUGGUCGGGAAGCGUAAGGCCUGGGGAGGGGAGGGCUAAGCUAGCCUUGGGUUUUGAGUAAAUGUUCUAAAUGGGGUGCUUUACUUCUAAAGGGAAACGGCAGUUUCCAGGAUACGAGGAUCCUGUCUCCCUUGCUUCACAAACAGCAUUUACUGUUAGUGAAGUUGAAGCACUCUUUGAGCUAUAUAAGAGUAUCAGCAGUUCUGUGAUUGAUGAUGGAUUGAUAAACAAGGAAGAGUUCCAGUUAGCCAUUUUCAAGAAUAGAAAGAAAGAAAAUUUGUUUGCAAAUCGGAUAUUUGAUCUAUUUGAUGUGAAGAGGAAGGGUGUCAUUGAUUUCAAUGACUUUGUUAGAUCACUGACGGUCUUCCAUCCCAAUGCCCCACAAGAAGACAAGAUCGAUUUUUCAUUUAAGCUCUAUGACUUGGAUAACACGGGCUUUAUUGAGCGCCAAGAGGUCAAGCAAAUGUUAAUUGCACUUCUUUGUGAAUCUGAAAUGAAACUGGCAGAUGACACCAUCGAGUUAAUUCUUGAUAAGACUUUCAUGGAAGCUGAUGUGAACCAAGAUGGGAAAAUAGACUUUUCUGAGUGGAAAAAUUUUGUUUCAAAGAAUCCAUCAUUGUUAAAGAUCAUGACCCUCCCCUACCUUAGGGAUAUUACCACCACAUUUCCAAGUUUUGUAUUUAAUUCAGAGGUUGAUGAGAUUGCUACAUGAGAGACAAUAGCUUAGAUUGCAGUUAGAGUUCCAUUGUCAGUUGCUUGUAAUUUUUCUAAAGCACAGAAAAAAAAAGGAAAGAAAAGAAGGUUUGGGUAUUAAAUGUUGGUGCAUCAGGAAAUCUUUAUAAAGAAAGUUGCUGAAGUUGUAGUAGCUAUCUUUGGUCGAUUGUAGAGCACCUUCCAGAUAAUGGAAAUUUUCUAUCCUGUUUUUCUGUUGGCAA